AUGGAUGACAUGAGUAAGAUCUUGGAGAGGCAAGAGCGAGAAACUAGAGAAAGAAGGCGUAGACGAGCUGAAGGCAAAAGGGUGCAGAGAGAACUAGAUCAACAAAUUGUCAUAGCAGUGGCUUUGCUUGAUGAAGAAAAUCAGAGUCGUCGUGGUUCAAAAGAAGGACGUGGCCCUAAUGUGGACAAACAUAGGCAUUUUCGGGAUAAGAAUCUUCUGGAAGAUUAUUUUAUCCCAACUUCUCUGUGCUCUGAUGUUGAUUUUCGAAGGCGAUAUAGAAUGCAACCCUAUUUGUUCAAUAAAUUCAUGCAUGAUAUUUACAAUUAUGAUGAAUACUUUGUUCAAAAGUGUGAUGCUGCUGGGGUUUUGGGACUUCUUCUCGAGCAAAAGAUUACAACUAUUAUGCGAAUGCUAGCAUAUGGUUCAUCUGCUGAUCAGGUGGAUGAGAUUGCCCGGAUGGGGAAGUUCACUACUUUGGAGAGCUUGGGUUACAAAAAAGAUGUGGAGAGGUGUUUUGGUAUCCUUCAAGCCCCGCGACUUAUUAUUAGGGGUGCGACGCGCUUGUUAGAUGAGGAGGUGCUCAUGAGCAUAAUGAUGACUUGCAUCAUCCUUCAUAAUAUGAUUGUGGAUGAUAAGUAUGAUUACGAUGCUGCAGAGGUCUAUGAACUAGAUCCCAUGAACACGGCAUUGACACGAAUUUAUGAAAGGCUCAUAGGGCCAAGUGGAGAACCAUUGGAGCAUGAACCGUUGGUUAGGGACGGCCAUUUCAUGACCCGUAUGAUUGAUCGAUAUACGGAGAUACAAUCGUCUUAUAUUCAUGAACGACAUCAAGUUGACUUGAUGGAGCAUUUAUGGGCGGUGAAUGAAAUGAAGUGA